GUACACGAACUCUACCUUUAUUGGGAAAGUGCUUCGAUCAAAAUGUUGUUCAAAAUAUUGUGUUUAGUAGCAGCAUUCCAUGGCGCUUUUUCAGCCGACAGCAGAAACAUAGUACAGUACCUGGCCGCCAAUCCAGAGUACUCCACGCUGGUCGGUCUGGUUAAAGAUGCAGGUCUCGUUGCUUCCCUCUCCGCUCCUGGUUCUUUGACCGUGUUGGCCCCGACCAAUGACGCAUUCAAGGCGCUUCCAGCAAGUACCCUCAGCGCUCUCCAGAAAGAUAAGAACCAGUUGAAGACUGUGCUCCUCUAUCACGUGAUCAACAAGGCUCUUAUCAGCUUUCUUAUCACUGAUGGAGAGGUCGAGACCACACUGGCCAAUCAGAAUGUGACCUUCUCAAAAACCGGAACCGCUCUCAAGGUCAACAAUGCCCCUAUCUCCAACUCUGACCUGAUCGUAAGCAAUGGUGUCAUCCACACCCUUGACGCCGUUCUCAUUCCGAGCACUGAGAACAUCCUGCAGUACAUUGUCAAGCAUGACGAUAUGUUCUCAGACCUCUUUGCAGCCCUCGUCGUUACAAACCUAGAGAGUGUUCUUGAAGGUGGCCAAUUUACUGUUUUCGCACCAACUGAUGAUGCGUUUAAGAAGAUCAGCUCUGCACUCCCCCCUGAUGCUGCCUCCCUGGCAUCGGUUCUGAAGUACCACGUUGUGCCUGGGCUCCACCCGGCCGCCAGCCUGAAGGAUGGGGAUAUGCUGAACACUCUGGCCGGGAAGGCUCUGAAGGUGGACCUGAGCAACGGAGUGAAGAUUGGGUCAGGGAAGGUCAUCAGUGCCGACAUCAUGGCCAUCAACGGCAUUAUCCACGUCAUCGACACCGUCCAAGUACCGUAACGUACACGCCGUGCGCGGAAACUGAAGAGACUAAUAAAACCAUACUUCCUAAGA